AUGUACGCCCUUGGUCGACGAUGUCCAAGGCGACAGCGAAGAUGGGCAGAGCACAUCUUUUGGAAUCCACACAGAGACAGUGGGCCAGGAGAGUGGAUACCACACGCGCAAUCCUCCCAAGUUGCUGAACAGCGACGAACAGUGACCGCCUAUCAUGGAAGCGUCGACGUCCAGGGAGAAUCCCACACAAUUAUUCAUGGCCGCCUCCGUCCAGAAUCAACAUCUUUUGCCAGCUCUCUUGUUUCUGAAUGCCGCUUCCAGGGAGUGAAGUGGAAAAGUCGGCUUCCUUGGGUUAGCAUACUUAUUCAAUUUCGAAGCCCUAUGCCGGACAUUUCCGAUCCCGCCAUACAUGCCUUUAGCCCGCAAGGGACAUACUCUCUUCUCCCGAUAGAUCAAGAGAAGUCCCAUGAACGACAUGGCGAUCUCAGCGCCGGAGCAGAACGGAUGGGUCUUAGCCUGAAAACAUCCUAUGGCUGGUCCAAGACGGUCAAUCGCAAGGAUACGAAUGAUACGAAAAUCAAAGGCAUGAAGAUCUGCAAUACUUAUGGGGAACCUAUUGGGGUCAAAUGGACACUGGAGGAAAAUCCAGCAACGCAGACUGGGGUACCAGCUUACCUACGAGCCGCAAUUCGCCUGGAGAGGCAAGAGGACUUCAAAUACGAGGCUGAUGUCAAGGUGGAAUACGAAGUCGAUCGCAAGUCCUGGAAGGAGCGCUUUUUCGGAGCCAGAGAUAAGAAUGACCCAAUCCUGUAUAAGCCGGCAAAUGCCCCAAUCAACAGGCUACCCCUGCAAUAUGACAAAAAUGACCUAGGAUGUGUUGACAUGGAAGGGCUUUUUGACGCUGCUGUCCACACCAUUCUCUAA